GUUGGCUCCAUACUGAAGAUUAAAUGGCCGGUCGAAUGAAUUAGCAACAAUAAGGAACUCUUGGAACAAACCGAUCAAGUGCCUAUUGUACUCAACAAAUGCGGUGAGGAAAAGGGAAAUGGAUCGGACAGAGUCUGAAGUGACAUCGCUUGAGUAGAACCUGAAUGGGAGACAAAAAGCUGGGCGUGCGUAUGAGCAGGCGGAGAUGAAGGACUAUGGGGAAUCGUGGGGCCAGCCAACUGAAGACGACUGCAAAAAGGAGGGUAAAACGGAGAAAUGCUGUUGAAGGCCUAUAUUCUACUCGAUUUUAUGGUGUUAAAGCAGAAGUUUAAAUUACAAUAUCAUCCUCGAAUAGAUUCACGAGGUUUCUUAUCUGAAGAUGUAAUUAUCAGUUCUAGAGGAAGUCAUAGCAUUACUGUCGGUGAUGUUGUUGAAGUAUAUCAUGCAGAGGAUAUACAUCAUGCACUAUUCCUAGUAACUCAUCUUAGUGAUGAAUUACAAAAUCGUGAUGUUAUCAGUGUUGAACAGAGUCUUGCACACACCUUCAAGUUACAACAGCAUAAAAGUGUUAUUGUCAAUGUUAUUAGCAAAGAAACUGUUUCAUUGGAUUUAGUUGAGCUAUACUUUCGCGAUCAAUAUUUCAGUCGAAGAGAUUUCUACAAUAUAACACGAAAAUUGGUUGGUACUGUUGUCCAUGUAAACAAAAAGUUGACUUGUAAUGAAAUGAGAACUCAAGUCGGCGAUUUAUGGCGGCUGGGUGAAAAAUAUUCUUGUGGAUAUGUGGAUUCAAAGACUAAGAUAAUUUUUCGUUCAUCAACAGCUGUCAUACAUAUUUUUAUACAAAUGAGUCAAGAAAUGUGGUGGUUUGACAACAAUGGGGAUCUUCAUUUGGAGAAAGCGUUUAAAUUUUUAUCGAAAUUAUUUUUGAGAUUUUGGCCGGAGAAUAAUUGCAAUCAUGAUACAACGGUUGUAUUUUUUACACGUAUCUAUAUUGAUGAUCUUCCGUCUGCGUAUACACAAUCCUUUAAACAGGAUGUUCAAGGAAGAUUCUAUGAAGAUUUUUACAGGGUAAUUAUCCAAAAUGAACGUUUUACAACAGAUGAAUGGAAACGUGAACUUGGUCGAAUGCAAUAUGAAGUGAUUGAAUUUGAAAAGCAUAUCUAUUCUUACCUGUAUAAUGCUUAUCCAUUAAUGAAUGAAAAUUCUAAUCAAAAAACAAAGUUGAAUAUUUGUACAGCUAUGGAUGCAAAUCUAUUGGAAGUAUUGAAUAUGGCAAUUAAUCUUUAUUCGGGAUAUAAUGUUGAUCGAAAUUUUGAUCGUACGGGAAAACUUUUAUUUGUUAUAACACCAGGCUCAGGUGUAUAUCAUGUCAACGAAAAUCUUCUCAUGUUAACCAAGAAAAGAGUUCUUGAUUUGGGUGUUGGAGUUGAUUUAAUCUGUCUGGCAGAGCAACCUCUUCAUGCAGUUCCGUUAUUUAAAAUACUAUCCGAAUCCUUCAUUAAUCCAGAAGAAUAUAUUGCACCUCAUUGGAUUAACUGCAGCUAUUUCAAAUCAGCCCAAGAAUUACGUUACAUUGAAAUGGGUAAACCGUUCCCACGUGUUAAAGUUGUUUCUUUCAAGGAUUCAGACGAUUUCCUGCUUUCCAAGAAUACUGAAGAGAUUCAGCCGAUCAACGGUGGUGGUGGUCACCUGGAAAAUCACAAUGAAGAACUAUCAGGGGAAUGUCACGAUAAGAAUAGUACUCAGACUACAUUAAUCACAACAACAACAACUACAAAAUCAUCGCUUCCAAUUUAUCGUAUUGUUUAUCCUUUUUGUCAAGUACCAUCCUUAUUUAAUAAUAAUAAUAAUACUCUUCAUAAUCGAAUAAAGUAUAACAAAAUUCAUCCUUCGAUGACUAAUGAAUUAUUUAAUGAAAGUUUAGCCAAAUCUAAUGAUUCAAUUAUCACAACAAGAUUAACAUCAUCAACAGCAACAACAACAAUAUCAACAUCGACAACAACGACUCUAAAUGACUAUACAUCAAGUACACUGAAUGAUAAUCGUUUACGUAGAACAAAUCCGACGUCGACAUCAUCAUCAUCAACAUCCUCGUUAAUAAUUGAUCCAUCAGUUAAUUGUAGUACAACACUAAGCGCUAUCAAUACUGUUAUAGCUGUUGCUAAAGCUAGACGUGCAUCAAUCUGCUCCGCUUCCUCCACUACGUCCUCUUCGGCUUCAUCUUCAUUGCACAAGAUGACUUUAUCACUGAGUAAUGAAUCAGAAGAUGUUACAUCUGCAAUAACAACUACUGCUACUAUACCCUCCAGUAUCGGUGGUUUGUUAGUCCCUUCUCUUGGAGGAUCUCGUCAUAUUGAUGAUGCUAGGAUUAAUGGAAGUAGUAGAGGAGGUGUCGACCGUCGUCGUCAUCAUCGGCAACAACAACAACAACAGCGGUAUCAUACUGGUAGUCUAGAUAGAUGGCAGUAUUGUUCAACCGGGGAUAAUUAUCUCGCCUACUCUUCACCACCACUAGUACCGCCAGCAUCAUCGUCAUUAUCAGGGAAUUUGAUGUAUUCUGAGAAAAAAUCACUUACUCUACCGAAUACGCAUUCAAUUAGUCAUUUACAGAAUUCGUUAUCACGUGUUACAUCAAAAAAUCAUAUUACAAAUCCUAAUAAUAAUGGGACCACUGGGAACUUUACAAAUAUCUCUUCACUUCCAUCGGUUCGUGAACGUUGUGCUGAAAAUAAUCAAACAUCUGAUGGUUUAAUCAUCAGCAAAAUAUUAAUAAUGAAUAAUGCUAAUAAUGUUUCAUCAUUGCCAGUGUUAUCCAGGCAUUCAAGAAUUAGAACACAAAGUUUCAGUGGUGAACAAAAAUCAAGACUGUGUUGUAUUGAUUCUAGUUUAAAGGAGGUGCAUAAUUCUCUGAUGAAUACAGGUAGACGAGAUAGUGUCGAAGGUGUUUGUCAACAGGAAUGUAAUCUUUCACACUCUCGAACGAUGGAUGUUGUUAUGUCCGAUGGACAGCAUACAAAUCUAUCGGCUUCAUCAAGUCCUUGGAGUGUAGCUAAUUAUCAUCAGUCAAGUGGAUUACGUGGUUAUAAUUCUUCAAAGAAUCGUCGUACUGGUUAUGCCGGUGGCAAUGGCAGUGGUGGUAUCUUGUCAUUAUCUGGACCAUCUUGUCAAACUCCAUUACCAUUAGGAAAUAUUGCUCGUCGUAAAUCUACUAUGACACUGUAUCCAACAGUGAAUUCAGCGGCAGGGGCAGGAGCAGCAACAACACCAACCAACACCACACCACUCCAUUCAAUUGGCAAGCAUACUACAACCACCAAUCAACAAUUUUAUUAUUAUACACGUAAUUCAACAAGUUAUGCAGCUAGUUCACUUAUCUCUGGAUCAUACUUUCCUUUUGGUUUGGGUUCAAAUUCGUCUAGAAUACCAAUAUCUGCUGGUCAACGUAGAUGGGCACUUGUUCGUCCAUCAGAUGAAUACGGUAGUACAAUUACACCUCAUUGUAUUAUAACAUCAUCAGAUGAUAUUGACAUUAUGUUUCCAACACCGUUGCCUUAUAACCUUUGUGAGAUUUGGGUGGCGUAUUUCAACUUUUUACGCGCUUACCUACAAGAGAAAAGUGCUGCGAAAGAUUCAACCCAGAUGGGCAAUUCAAAUUUAUGCAGUCUUAAAGAUAUUACAACAAAUACAACAAACAAUAAUAGUAAUAUUAAUGGCAUAGUAAAUCAUUCAACUUCGGACUCUCUACAACAACAAUUUGGAUUGCGUAAAGCUAAAGUAUCCAUGUCUUUAAAGUGUCUCCCCAAUUAUGAUGAACGUCCUAGUGAAAAUCUAAAUGUACCACACAAUUGUAUAUCAUCAUCCCGGUUACCCCCUGCUUCGCUGUUAUCAUCAUCUCAAGGUGUUUCUUCUGCUCCGAGGUCUUCUCAUUCUGACGAAAAUAGUAAACAAUGCAAUCCGAUUAACAAUAAUAAUGUGACCCCUGCAAAAACUGAUAUAUGCAUAAAUAAUCAACCAACUGGAUCGUCAGUACUCCAACAACAACAACAACAACAACAUCAUCAAGAUCAACAAAUCUCUGUUAUGCAUGAUAGAUCAGAGAAUUUAUCCGAUUUAUCUGAGAAUUCAUUGAAAGCAUUACAACUGCUGUUAGAAGCUGUUAAAAGUACAAUGUUAAGUUUCUCAUCUACGGGUAAUGUUUCCACCAACUAUUUAUCUUCAGUAGCGACAUUGGCAACACUUUCAUCAACAUUAAUCCCACAAUCAGCAUAUUUUUAUCCUAGAAAAGGACAACAUUUUCUGUCUACUAAUGGUGGUAGUACUGUUAGUACUAAUUCAUCGACUACUAUUACCACUACUACUACGACUAAUGCUAAUAAUAAUACUAGUAGUAAUAGUAAUAAUAAUCAUAAUAUUAACAGUAAUAAUAACAGUACGGAUGAUCAAAAUUUAUACGGUGUACAUUUGAAUAAUUAUAAUAAUUUGUAUCAUAAACACGCGGUACCUAAACGCAUAGCCGGCCUGCGAAAUAUGUUACGACGUAUUGGCGUUGAUUGGAAAUCAUUGAUUGUACCAGCCUGUCUACCUGUAGAUACAGACUAUUUCCCUGAUACUAAUCGUCUACGCAGUGAAUGGUAUAUCCUACACGAUUAUCGUGUUGUACCGAGUGGUAUGUCACUCGAUGAAUGGAUGUCAAUCAAUAAUGAUGAUCUGGAACCUGGAGCUUAUUAUAAUCAUCGUCAGUUGACUGCUCGUGAAGUAUUUCAAGAAAUGGUACUACAAAGAAUUAGCCAGGGAUUUCAACUAUGUCAUGAAGCAGUACAACAACAACAACAACAACAGCAACAACAUAAUCCAACGAAUUCUAAUCCUGUUGAACAUCAUCAGCAUCACCAUUCGCCUGCUGCUGCCGUGGCUUCCACCGCCACUGCUACAACUACGAACACUACUAGUUCAACUACUACUACUAAUGGUAAUAAUAGUGGUAGUAGCAUUAGUGGAGGUUCUGGCAGUAGUUCAACCAGCGGGAAUACCAGUAGUACAAAUACGACAACAUCUGGAAGUAUAUCACAGACAUCGAAUCCAAAUCAUGCUAAUAUUAAUAGCAAUAAUAAUAAUAACACUAAUAAUAAAUCACAGCAUAAAUCUGUUAUCAAACAAAACGCUGAACGUCGAGAUCAACGGAAUUCUUCUCAUACUACUACUAAUAAUAAUAAUAGUAGCAGUAGUAACAAUAUCACACGUAAACUUACUAAUAAUCCUAUUAUUACUACUAACACUCCUACUCCAACGACAACGGCGAUGACGACAAUUGCCUCCAGUAUAGCGGCGGUUAAUAUGAACACCAAUAUUAAACGAUUCAAUCAUUUAUCAACGCAUAGAAAUCCAACAAGUUCCCUGAUGAAACCAUCACAUCGUUAUCCUCAUCAUCAUCAUCACCAGCAGCAUCAGCCGCGUUUAUCAUCACCUAAAAUGAAUAGCAGUAAUACUACUAAUAAUGUUAGCAGUAGUAGUAUAAGUACCACGAAUAGUAGCGUAUCACAAUGCUUUAAAAGUUCAUGCGGUGGUGGUGGUGGUGGACGUAUCCUAGGCGUUGGUUUAACUAUCAACAGAAGUGGUGGAAAUCAAUCGACCAAUAGCAGCAGUACAGUUACCAGUACCAGUGGUAGUAGUAGUAGUAGCGCGAGUGGUGGUGGUGCUGGUGGUCGAGGAGCAGGCGUCGGUGGCGUCGGUGUCAGCGGAACAAUCAGUGGAUCAACAAUUAUGACAACAUCGAUAGGCGGUAGAUAUCUUCAGUCAAUGCAUAAAGUUCAUAAUAAUAAUAAUAAUAGAAAUAAUAACAAUACAAUGACAAAGUCUACUUUAGGCACAAUAUCAAAAUUUGGUGAUACAGAUCAAGGGGUGAAAACAGCGUGUAAAUUAAGCAUUGGUCAUCUGUUCCAUUUAAUCUCGUUAGAUGAAGAUUCAAUCGCUGUGACAAGUUAUCGGCAAAUCGAUAAAAUUAUCAAAAUCGCGUACUCAUAUGCUUUACAAGUACCAGAUGCUAAAUCCUAUGUCUCGUUGAAUACAAAUUUCACAAAUGAUUCAACAGUAAUCCUCAAUUGGAAUUAUUUAGACAAUUAUUUAUGCAAUCGUGGAAUCAGUGAUUCGUUUCGAUUACUCCCGAAUCUGAAAUUUUGGCGAAGUCGUUUCUUCAUAUUACCAAUUUAUAGUAAUGAAACUAGACGGUUAACGGAAGCCAUCAGAGACAAUACAACUGGUUCACGAAUUCCUUGUGAUGUUUUCGAAUCGGAUUAUGCGAAUAUGAAUCGUGAGAAAACUUGUGAGAGAUUUGUACAUUUCAUUGAAUCAGUGAAUCGUAUUCGUCGAACAGUGAUACCUAGUCGAAAAAUUAAUCGUCAGGCUUGAUGAGGUUAUGGAAUGCGACAGUUGUGGGAAUUGAACCAGGAUCACUUGAGAAUCCUACCAAUGAACCGUCUAUGCAAAUACACAGCUAUGGGACAUUGUUAAGUGAUCCACAACAGGAAACUCAGCGAAACCAUUGAAGUGAAUGCAAGUGGAAGACAAGGCUACCUGUCUACUAUCACCGACCAUAUUUGCACUUAUGAUGAGCUGGAUUAUGCAGAAGACGGUACGUGGAGAAUGGGAAGAUGGGAUUAAGUUGGACCAAUUAGAAGACGCUAUAAGAUCUGUACUUUGAGGUGGACGAUUUAUGUUCAAUGUCACACAAACUCGAAGACUUGCAGGAAGGCAGGCAAAAAUGAAAAAAAAAACUGACUGAAGAAUCUGGCAGGCAACAAAAACAGGACUCAAGGUGAACAUAGAGAAGACGGACAAAAGUGAUGAAGAUAAGCAACUGACAGCAGCGGUAACAACAACAGCAACAAGCACCACUUCACUUAUCUGGUUAGGUAUCAUUGUUUCAGCGACAGGCGACAGUGUGGAUGAGGAUGUUAAAACCCACCAGAUUCGAAAAGGCGAGACAGACAUUCAUCAAUCUGAACUCACUUUGGAAAUCUUCUACACUCCACUGUAGGAGGAUAAACAACAAAAAUCUGGAUGUUCAGCAUCAAUGUUAAGGCUAUUAGCUCAUAUAUAUGUUUGGUUACAGCAUUUCAUCAUGAGCUGACAUUGGUUAGAGAUCAUUAAACCACUGGGCCUCGACUGAUUCAAUCGCCAGUGCAUGAAUUCUAACUUCUGCCAAUUCACGACGUAGGGCGACCCCUAGCCAAUGUCUUCGGUGUGUA